AUGUCGACCGACAGAUUGUUAGCCACUCUGCUUAGAUAUCUGCAAUCAGCCCCACAUCAACAAGACACCCGCCGAUUAAUUGGGACAGCAGCCUCUCUACUGACAUCGCUGAACAAUCCCCUGAAUAUCACCUUGCUCACCAGUCAACUAUUGUCUGCACCAGCCUUAUGGCCUUAUCCAAAUGCUUUGACGUCUUCGUUGACCUUUAUGACUUUGUUCCAUUCGGCUACUAUCAAAUGCCAUGAGCGUGACAUCGCACAUGAUGACAAUCAACAAUCUCAGGCGUCGCUACGUCCUCAUGUCGAGUCUCAUCUUCCAUUACAUGACUGGAUCCAAGCAGUCCUCAAGGGCGCCGACCAACACUCCCCUCCCGACCAUCACCUGCUCGCUAUUGCUGGGUUGAUUGUUGGUCUGGCCACUCGCGACCAUGAACUCAUGUCAACCAACGUUGCCUACACUUUGCGAUCCGCUUUUGUCAAGGCUGUCAACCUGGCUCUAUCAGAAACUUCUGCUGCCGACGACUUUGCCCACGGAAACAUCUGUUUGGCUCUAAAUCAUGCCUUUAUUCACCUGUCUGACAUAGAUCGCUCUACCGUCGACUAUGACCGUCUUUUGCCGGUGCUAAUGACUUCUACCUUCCACUCGCCACAUGGAUUGCGCUCAGGCUAUUUUCUAGGCGCAGCAGACGCUGACCUGAAGCAAAUAUCAGAUCAUCAAUUCAACUGGCCUUCUGACUCACCCUCAUAUCAACAGAUCGAGUCUAUCCUCAAGAGUCCGCUGAUCUCAUCUCUUGGUCCCUUGUCAAGGCUAAUAGCUCAUACCAUUGAUCACGUAAAGGAUGCCUGGCUUGUACAAUCUGCUGUCGAGGACUUGUCCGACUUCUCCAAACGAUUGGGUACACAAUGGAGACAGAACAAGCUGUCAGAGAUCGAUGCUUCGGAAGAGACCAUCUUCCUGCAUGAACAGGCUCAGAAGAAGACUGUCCCGACCUUAUGGAAGCUCCUCCGCUCGACUUUGUUCGCCAUCGUCAUCAUCCUUCGUAGCGCAAGCGGUCGCGUAGUAGGAAAUGCAGCUUUAGCGGCUCAUGGCAAUGCACCUCAUGUAGCACAAGCUAUUCUCCACUCCCUCCGCAAUCUCUCAUUCGUCUUUAGUCGUAUGGGGAACGUGUCAUUCUCACAGUAUACCUUUACCUACCUUACCUCCAUCGAUAUUCUAGCGAACUAUCCAGAUCACUCGGCUACUUUCCUCGAAUCUAUAACUCCCUCUGAGCUCGGACAUAUUCCUCAUCACCCAUUCGAACGCGAUCUAGACCUCUUUUUCCUCAAUACGGCUGAACACUUCGCUCUCGUCUUGUCUUCCCGCCUGAAUGAGGACCUUCUGCUCGCUGCGGCAUCACCCUAUCUCAUCACAGCCGGAAACCCUAAGCUCCUUCCGAUCUUCGAAGCCGCUCACAGUGUCACUUUGUCAGUCUUCUCUGCGCCUCAGAAUGUCGAUCUUACCACAAGACACCUUCCUUUCUACGUUGACGCCUUGUUCCAAGUCUUCCCCCACAACCUCUCCGCCCGCCAGUUUAGGCUGGCCUUCAAGAACCUGAUCAGGGUUGUGUCCCCGCCGAGUCGCAUCGCUAUUGCCCAGCCCAUGCUUGCUGCCACACUCCUCGAUCUUGUACACGAACGUGCAAUACAUGCUCCUGACGUCCCUCUACCACCGAGCCAUGUUCCAAUCUCAACCGCUCCAGAAUUGGAAAGUGCUUCCAAGUCCGCUGUACCCGAUUUAUCAGAAAAAGCAGUAUUGAUACUCACCCUUAUCGACGCAUUCCCCUGCCUAUCCCUGGCUCUGCUGGAAGAGUGGCUGCCGCUGACGGCGACAGCCACGCAGAUGGUUACUGACUCGGCCAUGCGCGAAUUCUGCAAGAAGCAUUUCUGGGAGGUUCUGGUUGGUGGUGAGAUGGAUCCAGAGCGCAGUCAGAUAUGCGUGCGUUGGUGGACUUCGAGAGGAGGGAGAGAGUCGCUGCUUUAUGGCGACGGAUCAUCUGACGAUGGGUAUUUUAUGAGUGGAGGAUUGGGAGAGCAAGAGAAAGUUAUGGCCAAACUAUAG